ACCAACCGCUUGUCAAUACGAUACUCCUAGGCGGAGAUAUCGGCUCCUAAACCUCCCCUCCCACAUGCCAAACGCCCGCUCGUAUCCACUUCUGCCACUAUCCUACACGCGGCUAAGCGUUUAGUCGUGAAAUUUCGGUUAUUUCCGUGAUGACUUUAUGAAUGAGUGGCACUCGGGAGCCGUCGGUAGCCUUCGGGGGAACCGCUUCAGACUGGUUUUGUAAACACACAGCAAAAAUCCUUCAGUCCUUUGUUUCGUCGUCGUCGAAUGUAUGAGAUUGUGAAUGUAAUACUUAUUUCAUCAACAUCGCUGAUAAAUAUAAGGUAUGGUGGAUUCUUUACUAAAGAAGCUCUCCCCUGAAAUAACGACUAGUGCUGCGCAAAUUUGAACAUUCAAUGCCAAAAAUGAAUCGGCAAUCACCACGCCUAGCAGCGAAAGGUGCAGCUGAUUCUUCAGCAAAGAAGGAGCUCUUCCAGCAAGCAGGUACCAGUGUUGCAGGAACUGAACGACCAUUGCCAAGGUUGACGCCGAUCAAGGCGUCUACAAUCCAGCGGCAAUCACCACGCCUAGCAGCGAAAGGUGCAGCUGAUUAUUCAGCAAAGAAGGAGCUCUUCCCACAAGCAGGUACCAGUGUUGCAGCAACUGAAAGACCACUGCCAAGGUUGACUCCUAUUAAGACAUCUAGAAGUAGAAUCCAGCGGCAAUCACCACGCCUAGCAGCGAAACAAAAGGCAGAUGUAGCAACAAAGGAAUUUCUAGAUGCGACGACCAUUCAUCAACUAGUGUCAUCAACUUUGUCAGCAAUCCCUGUUCGUGUCCUGACUGUUACGGACACAACUGGCAUUGUCUGGCUUGAAAUAACACGAGAAGUUGCUGAUGUCACCACUACAGAAGGAUUACCCGUGUAUUCUACAAAGCUGACGAUAAAUACCAGUAACGAUGGCGAUGGUAUGUGCGACGUUUCUAUAUUUGAUCAGAAGUGGGAGUCAGCACCAGUUCUUGUCAAUGGUAGACUAGAUGAGCAAGCACUCCUUGACACAGUCCAGUUGCUGCAAUCACCAUAUGUACCGUGUCAUGGUGUACCUCCAACGCUGUAUGCAACCUUAAAGUAUGAGACAAAACAGAUUGAGCCUGCUACCCCACCUACGGAGAGAUACUCAAGUAAAAGGUGCUCCGUUAUCUACAAACGUCAGAGAAAAGCCAGACCUGGAGAACCACAACAGUGGCAUGAGUGGUGCUCAAACUGUAAAAAAGCCUACAGUGACGUCCAGAGAAUGCAAAAAAAAAAAGACGAGGGAAAGGACAUUAGAUCAGCACGAGUGCAUCCGUCAUCACACCAUCCACUGAAGUUCAUGAGCCCUAAGAGCAAAACUGUCCGAGGCCGUAAAGCCAUUGCUAGAGCCACUCACCUGAGGCGAAAAAUUAAGAAAAUGCAAAAACGACUUCGUACAAUGAAAAUUGCAGUAGAUGACUUACAGAAUGUGGACAUUGCAAAAGCUGUUUCUGUCAUCAACCAAAAUCACCACGAGGAAUUGGAAAACAUCUACAGGGAAGCAGAGGCUAGUGCUGGCAAACUUGUCGCAGACUCGCUCCGAAAAACAUGGGAUGCAGACAGUAGCCGCAAGGAGUUCCUGUUCGACCAAGCUCAAAACAUCACUGGCAGAAAAACAAAUGUAUGGAGCAUGACAACCUAUCGCAUGGCCCUGGCAAUCUACGUUCGGUCUCCUGCUGCCUACAAUGCCAUUAAAGACCUAGGAGUUAUGCAACUGCCAAGUGAAAGCUCCCUGAAGGAUUUCACGGGUGCCAAGCUAUUUGCACCAGGAGCUGCGGCAUGGGAGAAUCACGUGCUACAAGAAGCGGAACGGUAUUGGCAGAUUAAGAACAAGAUCGGUGAAGUCUCUUCUGGUGACCCAGCUACAGCAAGAAUUCCCCAGCAAGAAGGGGUUUUAAUUUUUCAUGAAGUCCGUGUUAUUGGCAAGAUAAUGUGGAACACCAAAAAUCAUCAAAUGUAUGGAUUGGCAAUGUCGCCAGAUGAGUUGAGCAGCCUGCACGGCGUUUACAAGACUGUUGAUCCCAAGUCACGUGUACAGAAGGCAAAAUACUGCUUGCAGUUUUUAUGGCGUGAUUGUACGUCUGACUUUGACCUUAUCGGUCCUUAUUACAUGAGUGAAGGUGUACAGCCACCCAGCCACAUAAUGGCCUGCUUACAAGAUACAAUGCGGCUGCUGCAUAAACAUGGAUUUAUUGUGAACAGUUGUUUGUGACGGUGCAAGUACAAAUCUAGCUGCAAUCAAGAUCAUCACUCAAGCAGAAAAUGGCACGUAUGGUACGAGCGACCGGCCUGUACCAAAUCCCCAUGAAAUUCAACCGUGAUUCUGGAACUAGUAUCAGCCAAAUAUACCAGUUUACUGGAUCAUCUGCCCGUCACAUCAGAUGAAGCACGUUAUCAAUGCCCUCUGGCAAUCAAAACCAGUUACUGGUCGCAGGAAAGAUUUUCAAACUCACCAUGGAAGUCCAGUGUUCGGCUGGGAAGCAAUCGAGUCUACGUGGAGACGUGAGAAAGAUCAGCGCUCGAAGCAACUUUCUAGAGAAGUACCCAGCUUGCAAGAAAGUUUCAUCAAGCGAGAUGCCUGGACAAAGCUGAAUGUUAAGCCAGCCAAAGUCAUGCAGCAAGAACAAGUCCUUGCCGAACUUGCACAGCAUGCAGCACCCACGGCCAAGCAGCCCCCACCUGAUGCGGAAACAACGCUGAUGACUAGGAACUACCUACAGGCUACUAGUUUGAUGUUCGAAAAUGGUCUUCUUGGUCAUGAAGCUAUCAGGAGCAGUAACAGCCAGUCAAUGGACAACAUCAGGAAAGGAUACCAAUUCUUUGAAGACUGGCUGGACACUCUGUUAGAAGGAAGUGUACAGCCUGGCGUUGCAGAGUUCAAGCUGACAAGCCCAAGAGAAAGACGCUUCAUUUCUUGGCAGACCUGGGAUCUCUUACGAGUUAUGUAUUUUGGAUUCACUGGACUCGUCGAGAACUUCUUGAAACGUCAUCCUGGCCACUUCAUCGCACCACUACGCAUCAAUGGAAGUGCUGUAGAGACACUCUUCUCACAAUUCAAACAUCGUGCUGGAGGAAAAUUGACUUCCUUAAAUUAUGAAACAGCACUGAGAAGCUAUAUGUGUAAGAAAAACUUAGCAACACAUGCAAUUCACCACAGUGGCAGAGACUACAGGGAUGUAAAAAUAAAAGUAGCAGAUGCUCCCUUGUUAAGAAAGACAAAACGCGUAAAGAUGUGAUUACAAACGCGGCUACAUGGUGAUGCGGUUUUGUACCUUUACGAGUGUUCCACAUAAUUUUUGGAUCGGUUGAGUAUAUAUACACUCAUCAAUUUUCAAAAUGUAUGUUGCCUGGUAUGCGUGGUAGUUUGCCAUGAGUAUUUUCAAUGAGUAUCCUUGCAAUGUAAUGAGUACUGACAGUAUUUAGCUAUUUACGUCAAUUGGUGCUUGCAUUGACUACAGCUGUGUUCACUUAAUUAUGUCUACUAAUAUUACGUUUACUAAAUAGUUAUGGUUAGUGUAUACAGGUAUGUUUGUGCAUGCAUGCGUCAAUGUGAUUUUGCUGGAAUUGGCAACCUUUGAGAUUAUUUGUAUCCCCAUAAAAUAACAAUAGCUUAUCUCCUUAUGGUCGGUUUGUAAUCUUGAGUAAAUAAAUAUACCAAUUUCUAUAAUUGUAA